ACAACAGCUCGUUUUGCCGCCAGUCGCCGCAUAUUGGUAAAGUCGUAAAAUCAACCGCAAGCCAACAAAGAGCAAAAGACUACAGUUUGUAUCGAUAUUGUUAACAACAGCAGUUUACGUGUUCAGAUAAUCGAGAUGAAGCCCAACAAGCGACUCAAUAGAAGCAAAUCGAUCGAUUCGACUGUUUCCACGGGUUCUUCAUCGGCAUCACUUUCCUCCCUGCACAAGUACAACCUGCGAAGCAAAGGUCCUCCGCGGUAUGUACAAUUUUCGGACUCCGAAUGUCCCAUCUGCCUGGAAGAUUACAGUGCACCGGUGAUCGUAAACUGUGGCCAUUCGUUCUGCAGUGUCUGCAUCCAAGAGUGCAUCAAGAUGGCUGGUCUCGCCCUUUGCCCGAUCUGCAAAGAACAACUAGUGAAAAGCUUGUUCAUCUACGAUACGGAAUACACGCGACAUAUUGCCCCGGGGAAAGCGGUACAAUACAGCAGCAGUAUAACUGUGGCGUCGAAUACAAAACCCACCGGCUCUUCCAGCCUCCAGAAGGUAGCCAGGCGUACGGUUGUGUAAGAUAAAGCAGGGUGUAGUGCAAAAGGGUUCUGUUGAAAUGUUGCUUCCCUCUUGCUAAACCACCCGCAGCAUUGUUGUUCUGAUGUACAUAUAUAUAUCAUAGCUAUAUUGUUUCAGUUCAUAUAUAUACACACUCACUCAAAUGAUUUGAUUGUUUGUCAUGGUCGUGUGAUAGCAUUUAUUUCCCGGUGUGAUUCCAGCGGUGUUUAAACAUUCAUACAAUUUAAGGAGCUAGUUGCAUUGUAAAUUAGUGUAAGUGUUCAGGAAUGGAGCUAAUGCGCUCGAAUCUUCAAACCCAUCUCGAGUACUGUUGUAAGUGAGAGAGAGAGAGAGAGAGUAACAACACCAGAUGAUAUACUUUGAAUUACGAACAGAUUUCAUUGCUUCGUAAGUUCGUCGUUAUGCUAAGGAAUUAAAGGUACAAUACUCGUCAUCAGCACGAAUGUUACAAUAAAA